AUGGCAGAAUUGGAAAACCAAAUGCAGAAGUUGAGUAUGAGUGACGGUCCAGGAGAUUCACCUUCUGGUGGGUCGUCCUACAGACCUCCUCACGUCAGAAGAGGUGGUGCCAGAAGUGGUGGUCGUGGUGGUAAUAAUCAAGGGUUUGAUCGUAGAAUUAACAACAGAGGUAAUGCUGCUGAUGGUAGUUUCUUCGGUAACAACAGUCAAAGUUCUAGUUUCUUUGGUUAUAAUAAUCGUCGUGGUACUGGCAAUAAUGGACCAAAGAGAGGCGGCGCUGGUCGUGGAAGAUACGGACGUUUUGUCAAUGGGGAACAUAUUCCUGGUGAAAGAAACGAAGCUUUGGAAUUGGAAUUGUUUGGUGCACCAAACGAUCCUAAAUUUCAAUCUUCUGGUAUCAAUUUCGACAAUUAUGAUGAUAUCCCAGUGGAAGCCUCUGGUAAAGAUGUUCCAGAAGCCAUUACUGAAUUCACUUCUCCACCUUUGGCAGAUUUGUUGAUGGAAAAUAUUAAAUUGGCUCAUUUCACCAAGCCAACUCCAGUUCAGAAAUAUUCUAUUCCUAUUGUGGAACAAGGUAGAGAUUUGAUGGCAUGUGCCCAAACUGGUUCUGGUAAGACUGGUGGGUUUUUAUUCCCAGUCUUGUCUGAAUCCUUUUCUACAGGUCCUGCAGAUUUGCCAGAAAACACUCAGUCCUCUUAUAUGAGAAAGGCUUAUCCAACUGCUGUUAUUUUAGCUCCUACAAGAGAAUUGGCCACUCAAAUUUUCGAUGAAGCCAAGAAAUUCACUUAUAGAUCUUGGGUGAAACCAUGUGUCGUUUACGGUGGUGCUGAUAUCAGAAAUCAAAUUAGAGAAUUAGAAAGAGGUUGUGCUCUUCUAGUGGCUACACCAGGUCGUUUGAAUGAUUUAUUGGAACGUGGUAGGAUCUCUUUAGCAAAUGUUAAGUAUUUGGUUUUAGAUGAAGCUGAUAGAAUGUUAGAUAUGGGUUUUGAACCACAAAUUAGACACAUUGUGGAUGGUUGUGAUAUGCCACCUGCAGGUGAAAGACAAACUUUAAUGUUUUCCGCUACUUUCCCAGAUGAUAUUCAACAUUUGGCUCGUGAUUUCUUAAGUGAUUAUAUCUUUUUAUCUGUUGGUAGAGUCGGUUCUACUUCAGAAAACAUUACUCAACAUAUUUUAUACGUUGAAGAUAUGGAUAAAAAAUCCGCUUUAUUAGAUUUAUUAUCAGCCUCCAACUCAGGUUUAACUUUGAUUUUCGUAGAGACUAAGAGAAUGGCUGAUGAAUUAACUGAUUUCUUAAUCAUGCAAAACUUUAGAGCUACUGCUAUUCAUGGUGACCGUACUCAAUCAGAGCGUGAAAGAGCCCUACAUGCCUUUAGAAACGGUAGAGCAGAUUUAUUGGUCGCCACUGCUGUGGCUGCUAGAGGUUUGGAUAUUCCAAAUGUUACUCAUGUCAUUAAUUAUGAUUUACCAAGUGAUAUCGAUGAUUAUGUCCAUAGAAUUGGUAGAACUGGUCGUGCCGGUAACACUGGUACCGCUACCGCUUUUUUCAACAGAAAUAAUAAGAACAUCGCAAAGGGUAUGGUGGAAUUAUUAACUGAAGCUAAUCAAGAAGUUCCAAAUUUCUUAAACGAUGCCAUUAGAGAAUCUUCAAGAGGAGGAGGAGGAGGCCCAAGAGGUGGUAGAUCCGGUUUCAACAGCCGUAGCAAUAGUUCAAGAGAUUUCCGUAGAUCUAACUCAAGAGACAACUUCUGGAAUUCAAACUCAAGAUCUGCUUCUGGUUCCGGCUCAGGUGCUGGUUGGGGUGGUAAUAAUGCUGGUUGGGGUAACUCAACUUCAACUAGAUCUAACAACUCAAAUUGGGGUGGAAACUCUGGAGCUAGUAACAGCUGGUGGUAA